AUGUCUAUGGCAUCUGUUCUGCCUGUAAAUCGGGAUGAUAUUGCGGUAGGCUUUGGCCCGCAUGCACCGUCCAGCGGUAAAGGCUCACGUGUCCUUCACAUCACCCCACAGGCUCAUAGCCGGAAGAAGAAAGCCCUUGGCCCUGCCACUUCACACCACGGUCCGUCUUCUGAAAGACUGCCUCCACAAACUAGUAUUCAGGAAGGAUUUGGGCCGAAUCCAAUUUCAAGUGUUUCAAAUGGUACAGAAUCAUGUGCUGGUCAAUUUGAGCCACAAGUUCUUGAACCAGUUGAAAAUGCCCCCGCAGAAAGUUCCCCUGGAACUGAAAGUACAUCAGACAUCCAAACAUUCACAGGGAAAGGUCACAGAAUUAAGGAAAUAAUCAUGAAGAUGUUCAAGAAGUUGAAACAAAAGCUGGCACGUUCGACUCAAAAGUGCUUGCCUGAGAAAAAGAAGAUUUAA